AUGGGCAGUGACAGAAACAAGAAUGAGCUUCGCCCGCUGGCUGGUCAGACUCCUCCAAGUCAUGGUCACUACGAUCUCCGGGACCCAAUCAACCUGGAGUCGCCUCUCAGGCUUCUCGGGGACUGGCAUAGUUGGGCUGGUCUGUCUGAGCGCCCGGAGUGGCAGCUGGCCAUCUUAGGGCUGAUCCUGGCCAUCCUGCAGACCCCCGUGUACUUCCUGCUCGGCCAGUUGUCCUUCGUGGACAUGGCCUUCGCCUCCAUCACGGUUCUGCAGAUGCUGGCUCACCUCUUCUCCACCAGCACGGCCAUAUCCUUCACCAACUGUCUGACCCAGCUCUUCUUCAUCCUGCUCGUCGACCCCAUGGAGGGCUACCUGCUGGCCGCCAUGGCCUAUGACCGCUACGUGGCCGUCCGCGACCCACUGCACUACGUCACCCUAGUGAUCCGCGGCCUCUGCCUGCGCAUCAUCGUGGGGUUGGGACUCGUGGUGCUCUGGAGCGCCUUGCUCAACACUGUGCUCAUGGCGCACCUCACCUUCUGCUCCUGCCGCAUCCUGCAAUUCUUCUGCAACAUCACGCCCAUGCUCCAGCUCUCCUGCAGCCGCCCCUUCCUCAAUGAGAUGCUCAUCUUCACCGAGGGCACGGACAUCAUCCUGGGGCCUUUCCAUUUCAUCCUGGCGUCCUGCGCCCGCAUCGGGGCCGCUGUGCUAUGCCUGUGCUCCGCCGCGGGGCUGUGCAAGGCCACGUCCACCUUCGGCUCUCAUGUGCUGGUGGUAACACUGUUCUAUGGCCCAGGCAUGCACAUGUACAUGCGCCCGGCAGGGAGUGCCUCUGAGGGCCGGAAGCGCCAGGUGGCCAUCUUCUACACCCUGGUCACGCCCAUGCUCAACCCUCUCAUCUACAGCCUGAGGAACCACGAGUUCCAGGGCGCCCUAAGGAGGCUGACCUCCAAGAGGGCAGCUGCCAGCAUCAAGAGGCUUGUUUCCCUCACCCGCUUCCCGGACAGAGAAGCCACCAGAGAACACAGUAUCACUGAUAAUUUUUAUUUGGGAAAUUAUGUGUGCUGA